AUGGCGAUGUCAAACAAGAAGCGCCCUUACCACAUUUUCAGUCUACCGCAGGAACUUGAAGACAUCAUAUUUGCAUAUGCGUACGACGGAAGUGAUCAGAAGAAAGUCAUAGUUCCGCGCAAGGAAGGCGCGGACCUGAGACACCUACGAGCCGCGUCCCUCCCGCAAGUCAACCAUCAACAAGUGGCUCCAGCUGCCCGAGCUUGGGUCGAGAGUCAUCAAAUCUCCACCAGCGGUGUCGCGCCCGGAAUCAUCGACCGCGACAUCUUGUCCGGAAGUCAUGGAGUCCUGCAUGCUUUCGCCACCGAUGUGAAGGCAACUCUGUGGGACGUCCACGAAGAGGAGAACUUCGAGGAGAAGUACCCGAGACUGCGCAAACUGACAGUCGCCGUGGACCCUUCUUACCUGGGAGGAGUCUUUCGCCGCGAGCAGGUCCGGAGGUUCAAGAAGGAGAUUCCCAGUGACUUGACAGAUGACGACAUCCGUGCAUCGGACGCAUAUCGCCGUUUGAUGGCGUUGAAGAAGGUCUACCACCUGACCGUAGUGUCUACGAGACCGGACUUGCGACCGUCCGAGCUCUUGGCGACAAGUCUACAGCGACUCGAGAGAGUUGUGCGGGAUGAUCUGAAACACCGCCCGAAGAAAGGCUCGACCGACAGCACGCCCAUCUCAACUGCAAUGCCGCUCUACUUGGGCUCAGAAGUACCUUGCGAGAUUCAGUGGAUAGAGCUGUGGCGUAUAAAGGCACGGCGCAUAUUGGUCAGGCUUAUUGCUUGUCUCGCUGUUCUGUCGAUGCUCUGGGCGUGUGGAGGCUUUGCAAGCUGCUGGAGUGGGUUUGAUGUAGAGGGCUAUCGACCGUGA